CUAUGAUUUAUUGGGGAGCACGACGUUAAACAAGUCUUGAAACUAAUGAGCUACGAUUAUUAAUUAGCAGUUAGAACGUGUCAUGUUCAAGCAAAAGUUUCUGCAGAGGGGACCAAACGUGUUGUCAUCUAGCCAUCACCCCAGAGAGCAUAAGCAGCUUGAGAAGGCUCCUGCACACCUGAGGCCCCUCUGUCUCCAAGAGAAGGCAACAAGGUUGAGUGGAGCACACUGGUUUCACAGCACAUGGAGAUAACACAGCCUCUUCAUAAUUGUAACAGCAAAUCAGGGAUAUCUUCAGAAAAGUUGAACAAUGUUUCAUUGAUGAAAGAAACAAAUGAAUCAGAGACCCGUAGAGCAUCUUACAGUCAUUCACCGAUGGUGUUCGACUCUGCCUGCUCCCCAAGACGCAGUGGCUCAGGAGACCGAGCUCUCGUGACAAACUAUAAAUCUGAGAUGAUAGUCGAUUUGGAGAAUACGGUGGACAGACUGAAAAACGCUCUGGUGUCACUGGAGGAGGACAACCUGAGCCUCAACAAGAAGAUAAGAGAAAACAAGGCGGAAGACCGUCCAUCUUUGGCCAAUCACAAUGUCUUAAGCUCAACAAGUGGCAACAAUUCACAGGAACGCCCAUCUUUGAUCAAUCACAAUGUCUUCGGCUCAACAAGUGGCAACAAUUCACAGGAAAUGGCUGGUGAUCACAGUCCCACCUCCAAACUCAAUACCCACACUGUCACUUUCAACAUUGCCAAAACAUACCCAGAAAGUCAGAGGCAAGAUGCACCAUCCAAGAUAGAGGAGACUAGGAUGAGAGAGAUGCUCAAAAUGGAGAGCUUAUCCUUGGAGGACAGGUGCGUUUACUUGGAGAUGGAGAAACAGGACUUGCGGAGGAAGCUGCGGAAGACGGAGGACUACUGCAAGGAGUGCGUCCGCGAGCUCAAGAGGAUCCUUCCAAAGUACGAGGACCUCAAAGCCUUGAAUAAAACCCUGGAUAAGUGCAACAAGCAGCAGGCCGCAGAGAACCGCAGACUUGUCAACGCUCUUGAGAUCGAGAGCCAGGCAGGGGAGAGAUCCAGGGAUCCCAGCCUGGCUCGGGAGCCCAAAGAAGGGGAUGGUGACAACUGGGUGUGGGUUCAACUGGAGAGGGCCAACGAUCGCUGCACCCAGCUCACCCAGGAGAAGGGGCAGCUGGAGGACCGAAUGGCCUCGCUGGCAAGGGAGGUCAGCCGGCUCACGAACGAGCUGGAUAUGAGCUGGGCCGAACUCCAUCGGCUAGGGGCCAGGUGUAGAAGCUCCCUUGAGGGGAGCACGACUAGGGACGGCAGCCCUCUGGCCUCGUCGGGCAACGAACACCUGGCCGAACGCAUCCUAGACAGCGUGGGGAAAGAGCGCAAGGCCCUGUCGGGCUCCGUGGCCCAUCUCAAAGAGGAGAACAAGACACUACGAGAGAACCUCAAGCAGAGCGUCAAGAGGGGUGAGGAGGCAGAGGGCGGAGCCAAGCAGCUGAGGGAAUUGCAGGCCAUAUUAGAAAGCUGCCUGCUCACGGUGCAGCAGGAGAAAGACCUGCUAACGCUGGAGGUGCGGCAGCUCCACCAGGAGUACAUUGAUCUCAGCAGUAGCAUCUCGCUGCAGCUGAGAGAGAGGAGCCCCGUCACCACUGCCAGGAUAUUAGCAGGGUCACAUGAGGUGAUUGAUGAUGGAGCCAGGCAGCAAGAGAGUCCAAGGCAGCCUCUGAACAGCAGCCCUAUUACCAGAGAAAUGCUGGAUGGCCCUGUAGGUAAGGUUAAAAGCUAACAGAAGAUGAACAUUUUAAAAGUAGAGACAUCACCACUAGUCGUCCUGGAGCUCAUCAUUUGAAUGACUUUGUUUCUUUUUCUUUGGACUGUGUUGGCGGAGAGGCAAUUGACCAUAUAAGGAAGCGUUUCGAGGAGGAGGAGCAGAGAGCCCAGAGGUACAAAAACAUCAUCAAUCAGAAUGAAUGAGGCUGUAGCUGGAUCAGUCGGCCAGGCAGACUGGGUGUUGACCUCUACCUCCCGUACCACGACCUGUGUGACAGAGGAGUCAGGAGGAGUCAAACACAAACAUACUGUAGCUUAUCGUAGAGCUCUCUGCACCACUUUACCAACAAUGUGCCCGUCACAGUCAUG